AUGACCUAUGAAAACGUGAUGAACAAUGUGCCCGCGGAACGCGAGGAGGAGCUGGCCCUCUCGGCCGGCGAGGAGUUGGCCGCCCAGAAGCGCGAACAGAGACUGCGCAAGUUCCGGGAGCUGCACCUGAAACGGAAUGAAGCUCGAAAAUUAAAUCGCCAGGAAGUCGUGGAGGAGGAUAAAAGGCUUAAGUUACCUGCGAAUUGGGAAGCCAAAAAAGCCCGUUUGGAAUGGGAAUUGCGGGAAGAAGAAAAGAAAAAGGAAUGUGCAGCAAGAGGAGAAGACUAUGAGAAAGUGAAGUUGCUGGAGAUCAGUGCAGAAGAUGCAGAAAGGUGGGAGAGGAAGAAGAAGAGGAAAAACCCUGAUCUGGGCUUUUCGGAUUAUGCUGCUGCCCAAUUACGGCAGUACCACCGGUUGACCAAGCAGAUUAAGCCUGACAUGGAAACCUAUGUGAGACAGCGGGAAAAGCACGGAGAAGAAUUUUUCCCAACAUCCAACAGUCUUAUCCACGGAACGCACGUGCCUUCCCCUGAGGAGGUCGACAGGAUGGUCAUCGAUCUGGAGAAACAAAUUGAAAAACGUGACAAAUACAGCAGAAGACGUCCGUACAAUGACGAUGCUGAUAUCGACUACAUCAAUGAAAGGAACGCCAAGUUCAACAAGAAGGCAGAGAGGUUCUAUGGGAAAUACACCUCAGAAAUUAAGCAGAACCUGGAAAGAGGAACCGCUGUCUGAUCCCGAUUGGGAGCUGUUUUUAGAAGCUGGGAACUUUGUGCUAACAACUCGACGUUUUCUUCGACAUUCUACCAUAAAACCAGGAUUCGAUCUUCGCCUUCCCACUCAGCAUUUAGAAAUAAAUGUUUUUUCGUAAACAUAUAUGUGCAGGUAUACUUCCGCAGUUUUGUCCUUGGAUAUAAGAUGUAUUUCUUGUAGCGUACUUGUUUUGUAAAACUCUACUUUGCAUAAAUUCUAAUUACAUUAUUUUUCUAUGUA